AACAGGCGCCGGGGACGCCUGUUUCGGUAAACACGGAAGUGGAGACCGUCUCCCCUUACGUCAUCCAAUCAGAAAGAAGGCGUUAGUUCAUAGCGUAGUGUCAUUGGGUUAAAUGUUGUCCACGCCCUUUGUCGCCCAUAUACGUAGUAACAACCGGAAUCUGGGCUAGCAUGUGGAGAGAGUACUGUUAGACUAUAAAUACUACCUUUUCGUACACACAAGUAAAGCAGUCAGGCCGCUGAAUACCUCAUUCGUUCGCUGAGUAAGCCAAGAGAAAACAAAGCAGCAGCAUGUCAGCCGACGGCGUGUUUAGGACCCGCUCUCUCGGUGUUGGCGCCGAGGGUCUGCCGGACCAGUACGCCGACGGCAAAGCAGCGAAAGUCUGGGAGCUGUACAUCGGAGACACGCAGAGUAGGACGCAGGAAUACAAAAGCUGGGUGAUGUCUCUGCUGAAAGAGCAAGGGGUGCGGAGAGUGCUGGAUGUAGCCUGCGGAACUGGCGUGGACUCCAUCAUGUUGGUGGAGGAGGGCUUUAAUAUGGUGAGCGUGGAUGCCAGCGACAAAAUGCUCAAGUACGCGCUGAAGUCAAGAUGGGAGAGAAGAAAAGAACCAGCGUUUGACCAGUGGGUGAUUGAAGAGGCCAACUGGUUGACAUUAUCAGAGGAUAUUCAGAAACCAGGGCCCGGCUUUGAUGCCGUUAUCUGCCUCGGAAACUCCUUUGCUCACUUACCAGACUUUAAAGGGGACCAGAGUGAGCAAAAGUUGGCACUUCAGAAUAUUGCCAGUAUGGUCAGACCAGGUGGGAUCCUCAUCAUCGACCACCGUAAUUACGACUUCAUCCUAGAGACCGGCCAGGCACCAAAAGGCAAAAAUAUCUACUAUAAGAGUGAUCUAACUCAGGACAUUUCCACUUCGGUGCUGUGGGUCGACAAUAAGCCCCAUAUGAUCACUUUGGACUACACCAUCCACGUGCCAAAGGCCGCCAUCCAAAAUCUUCCUGAAGUCAGUAAAUUCCGUUUGUCCUACUACCCUCACUGUCUGGAGAGCUUUAAAGGUUUACUGAAGGAGGCCUUCAAUGGCAAAAUGGAGCACAGUGUCUACGGAGAUUUCAAGACGUACGUCCCGGGCCAGUCCAAGGCCCCGUGCUACUUCAUCCAUGUCUGUAAGAAAACAGCCUAAGAGCCCGACCAACCAACUAGCAACACACAGACACACUGCUUAGACAAUAACAGCCCUUAAUAUGCUCCUACUGUCAUCCAGGUUUGGGCGAAGUUAUAUUUGAAUACCUUUUUAAAAAUAUUUUAUCUUUGUAAAAAAAAAAGAAAAGAUAGAACAUGUAUUAACAGGGAUUUUUUUUUUUUUUUUCUAUGGUCAGGAAAGGUCUAAUUUAUACCCGUGUGCUAAAAUAUUUGGUUGAUUCUGAUCUCUUUUGACUUAAAACCCAGUGAGUCCCUCAAUCGCUCAAAUAGUAACAGUCUAAUGGUUAAUAGAAACACACCAGGCAGCUGUGAAUAAUGCAUGUUUUCUGUGGCCCGGAGGCGUGUUCAUGCGUUUCAGGCGGGAAGAAAUUCUUUGUAACACAGGUCAACAUGUCACAGGACUGUUCACUGAUUGGCUGCGGGUAAUCUCGGGCCACUAAAAGUUCAACUAUCCUCAACUUUGAGUUGGGCCGCACUUGGCCACAGAAUCAAAAUGCCCGCAGCUUUCCAUAGACAUCACAUGGCAUCUCGCCGCUGCUGUUUUGGUGUGUUUUCGGCACAAAAGGGUCAAAGGCAAGUUAGAAAAAUAUAUUCAAAAUGUAUCGGACCACUGUUUUAUCCAUAUCUGGUAUUUUCCCAAAGUGCUGCUUUGGUGUUUACCUUAUUUCCACCCCCUGCUUCCCGCCUUUCUGAACUGUGAAACCCGCAAUGAACAUUCAAAAUGGUGCUGUUCAUUUGGGAUAUUCCUCAUGAUGGAAAACUUGAUAUUAAGCCAGUUAUGUACAAAGUGCUGAGAUAUAUUCUUAGGCGAUUGUAUUUUUCAAGUUUACCACAAGGGUCUUAAAAACAACGCAGCGGUGUCUUGUGAAUACGGUAGUCGUUCUUUUGCUUGUGUUUUUGAGCUGGAAAAGGGGAAAAAACUAUCUCAUUCUGGCCGACUGCCUUUCUUUAAGUUCAGGUAAAUCUGGCAGAGCAUGAUGGCAGUUUCAAUUUAUUACUUUACUCUUAUGGGAGUCCCCCGAUGUUCAACAGUAAUCUGACACACCUGUGGACGUCACUUAAAAAAGACAAGAGAACCGCUAGUGAAGGUUGUGAAUCCCCUUAAAAAGGCCAUGUUAUGCUGUUUGGAGUGUCGCACAAGCACUGCUAGUCCAAUCGACAAUCCUCCACUCUGAAGGGCUCUUGGCUACCUCACCAAAUCCCCUCCAGCUACAGAGCUAAAUGACCUCUGACCUCCUCUGAAGAUUAAAAACUGAAAGGAUUUCUGCUCAGGCUCUUGAGAGAACAGCUUCUUAUUUUUCAAUGAAACUUUCCUUUUUUUGUUUUGUGUAACGAUUGAGGUUUUGUUUAAGGAUUCUCUCUAGUUUGAUUCAUUCAUUGAUCAAGUUCAUGGAAACCCCAACUGUCUUUAAAAUUGUUAUCCACCAAAGAUAUUUGAAAAGUGUUAUUCUCUGCUCGAUCUUGGAAUGUUUGAAACUUAAAUGUUAUACAAUCGUGCUGCACUCAAAUAAUUGAGUUUACCCAAAUAAUAAGGGAAACCUGAUGAAGGAAUGAUUCAUUUUCUGCAUUAUCAAGAUUCAAAUACAUUUCCUUUGACGCCAAAUUAAAAAUGUGUUUUUCACUGGAAUGAGAAAGGAGCUCUAUGAGAGCGAAAUACUGCUGUUUGCCUAAACUAGAGCGCACGGUGCAUUCAAAUGUUGUGCCAGUGCCUCUGUGGAACCAGACGUACGGUGCGCAGUAGUUUGUGUUUGAGAUCAACAGCAGGUUCACAAAGUGGUAAGAAUGGCCAGAUGUUUGAGUGGCUUUGAAGUUUGAAAAGUAUUUCACAACAGUCUUAUAUGUUGCCAAAAAAAUUGCAAACGUUUUGUGAUGAACAAUGAUUAUUGGAAUUCUUUUGCAUGAAAUAAAAAAAAAUAUUUUGAAAUAAGUAACCUGGUUAUGACAUUUUUAUUUUCAAUCAUGUUUCUGUGACAUGAUUUGAUUCCAUUAGAUUUAUCGGCUCUUUUAAUGACACUAUUACUGAAACCAAGUGAACCUUUAUCUUUGAAAGGUUAUGGCAGCUGGCUCGUGUAUUUUGCAUUUGAGGUUUAUUAAAAAAAUCAUGUUGA